AUGCCACGCGAGCCGAGAAAGUCGUCGCUGGGCACCCGACGAGGACCUCCAAGAGAACACAUUCCAUUCCGUGCAGACGAUCUUGGCCACGGAAAGAAGACCGGCAUAGCAGUUCAAUAUGUCGAUCGCAAUUCCGACGAGUUUGAGCCUUUCGACGAGGUCAUGAAACAAGCAGACAACCGCACCCCGCCCCGCAUAAAGUCGAAGAAGAAGCGCAUAGUUGUAGUCAGCCCAGUACUUGACGAAGUCGACGAGGACGGUGAAAUGUCCAUGGACCUGGCUGAAAGCAAUCAGGGCAGUCCCCUCGCGUACUUCACCAAUGCCAGUCAUCUAUAUCACUCAACCAACGCACGACGAUCAAGCUCCCUCCGUCAUCCGCGUCGAUCAUCGAUUGUAGAGUAUGAUCAACUCCCCUCUCCCCGACAUCAUUCAGACACCCUUUCUUCCCGCAAGUCGUUAACAAACGGUGCAGGUCCCUCCCCCCUCACCAAAUCACAUGCCGCACCCGACGCAGAACUCGACGUGGAACCCCAUAACUCUCAGAAUUACCCGGACGCUCCCGAAACUCAGGUGGACGACGGUGCUGAUUACAGUCAUAUUAGCGAUGAAUCCGAAGAGGUGGCAGAGGUGGCGGAAGAAGUGACCGCAUUACCUAGGAGGUCGAAUAAGGGAAAGGAGCGAGCCAUACCGUAUGAGGACCAGGAACCAAAUGGGAACGGGGUCAACGGAGUCGAGGACGAUAUUGCUCGGGGUCUGGAAGGAGUGGGGGAUGAUGCCAACGACGCGGAAGCAGAGGUACCACCAAAGAAAAGGGCCAGAGAGGAGGGUCAGAAGACUCAACAGCCACGGGGUCGUCCAGCAAAACGUGUAGCAAUAGCCCCUCCUGAACGUUCACCCACCCCAGAGGGUGUUCGCCGCGGUCGACGGCAUAGGUACAAGCCCUUGGAAUGGUGGCGACAAGAGAAGGUCGUCUACGGUAGGCGGGAGUCCGGUGUGACUCUAGUACCACAGAUUAAAGAAAUCAUACGCAUACCUAAGGAGCCCCCAAAACCCCUCGGACAAGCCGGCAAAAAAGGACGUGCAGGUUCUGUGCGAGCCAAGACACGAGAACUGAAAACCCCCGUGCCAAGCAAUCCAGAGGAAGGUUGGGACGAGAAAACACUUGCUGACGGUGUUGUCCUUGAUUUCUUGACUCGAGAACCAGUCAAAAGACGGAUCAUACAAACGGCUAGGAUGUUUGAGCCUAGGUCUGCCGCCAACAGCAACUGGUUCUUUCAGAAGAUAUUCGGCGAAGGAGACUUCAUUGCUGCUGGAGAGAUGCGCAUACCGCCACGUGGUGAGAAACCAAGCAAGUCUUCCAAAGAUAACGCAUAUGUGUUCUAUGUCGUCGAGGGUGCUGUUUCUGUUGUCAUUCAUGAGUCCACAUACAUCGUUUCUAGUGGUGGCAUGUUUCUCGUUCCUCGAGGAAACACAUACUGUAUCCAUAACAUUUGCCAACGGGACGCCAAAUUAUUUUUCACGCAAGCGCGACACGUUGGCGAAGAGGAGAUUACACCGGAGCGUGCUUCUCAAUCAGUGCCUCCGACGCCACACCGGCGAAGGCAUUCCGAGGUUGCUGAGGACGGAUCUCGGACGUCAACUGGUCCAAAGAGAUCCAAAAGCCGACAUUAA